UGUCAGAAGGGACGGGACAUAGGCUACGUAUCUAAACCUAUGCGCUGCUCUCGGCUGCUCCGGAGUUGUGGAGUCGACGUUAUAUCACAAAACCCAGGGUCUAAGGGAAAGUCGAUCACCUACUUUUUUAUAUUUUUGGCACAACUUGGAUAACUUUGCCGAAUGUUGUUUUGCUUUUGGGGCUCAUGAACUUCACUCAGUUGAAGACUAGGAUAUAGCCUACGACUCGCAUCUUGAGGGGUAAAGUUCCUUUGGAGUUUUUUAUUUAUUCUCCUUUUCGACAGAUUUUGUGUAUUCUGGAAUAAAAUACUUAAUUUUAACAAUUUCAUACAGAAUUUUGACAAAUGGAAAUGGAGAUUAAAACUGUUUUGAGGAUUAACUCAAUUUUGAGGAUUUGAGGAGGCCGUUCCACUCCGUCGAGCUCGCAGAAUUUCCUCAGCGCAGACACAAUUUCGGCAUGUAGCAAAGGAAAUACGCUCCCAGUGAUCCUCCUCCAGUCCACYUCUCCUCUUUCUCCUCUUCCAGACGUCUCAGGGAAUGGGCCAGCGCCUUCCCAGAGAGCACUGCUUCACCCUGGGGUGUGGCUGCCACGCGAGGGUGGGAAGAGCAGCAUCAACGUCCUAAAGCCCCACCCCCUCAUUCUCUUGUGACCUUUCACCUCUCACCGCACUGUGACCUCUGAGCCAUGCCGUUCAGGCUGAUGCUGCGUCGGACACGGCGCUACAACGUGCUAAGCAAGAACUACUUUGUGACGCGGAUUCGUCUGCUGGACAACAACGUGAUCGAGUGUACUCUGUCUGUGGAGAGUACGGGGCAGGAAUGUCUGGAGGCAGUGGCCCAGAGACUGGAACUACGAGAGACCCAUUAUUUUGGCCUGUGGUUCCAGGGGAAGGCCCAGCCCCAGUCCCAGCGCUGGGUCGAGCUGGAGAAGCCUCUGAAGAAACAGCUGGAUAAGUUUGGCAACGAGCCACUGCUCUUCUUCGGGGUCAUGUUCUACGUCCCCAAUGUGUCACGCCUUGAGCAGGAGGUCACCAGGUAUCAGUACUACCUGCAGGUGAAGAAGGAGGUGCUGGAUGGACGUCUCCACUGUACCGUAGAGCAGGGCAUCAGACUAGCAGGCCUAGCAGUGCAAGCUGACUUUGGGGAUUUCACACAGUUCCUGUCUCAGGACUUCCUCAGGGAGUACGUGCUCUUCCCAGUGAUGUUUUUCAAGCUCAGAAUCUGGCCUCAUGUAGAUGAGGUCUGCGAGGAAGUGGAGCUCAGAAGCGGUGGCGAGGACAGUAAGAGUCACUGUCGAAUGCAGCUUGCAGAAGCAGAGUUGCUCUAUAUCAAGGAGGUAGAGAAGCUGGAUGGCUUUGGACAGGAGAGCUUUGCUGCUAAGGACACCUACACCAAUGACAUCUUCAUUGGUGUGUCCUUCAUCGGAGUCUUCGUCAAACACAGGAACGGCAGGUCCAUUAUGCACCACAGAUGGAAAGACAUUGGUAACAUAGCGCACAACAAGUCGGCCAUCACAGUAGAGAUAACCAGUAAAGAUGACACCAUCAUGUUUCACACGGUGAGUGUCAUAUCUAACAACGGAACACACAAAAGCCGUCUCACGGGACACGGAUCCAAGGCGCCCAGUCCUGUAUCCAUCCAGCCAAUGCGAGCUCGCCAGUAUGCAGAGAUGUACCAGGACACACAGAGCUCUUCAACGGCGGCAGAGCCGUGUGGUUUAGUAGAGUCCAAGCCCAGAGAUGAAGAGAGGGGGCUCCUAGCUCCAGGUAACGCUAAACCGUCUCUAUGGCCUCAGCGUUCAGCUACAAAGUACGCCCGGCUGGCACCACCGGAACCCAGUGCAUGGGCGGCAGCAGCCACCGAGCUGGUCACGGUGCCCAGUGGUGCAGCUGUCUGUAGAAGACUUUCCAGCGGACAGUCUUCUGCCCGCGGUGCCCCAGUGCCUCUGCAGGAUGACCAUAGAGCUGUCCAAAGUACAAUCGCCUCGGCUCUUCACGGCCAGGACACCAAGUUCUACAAACAGAACCAAGAUCUGUGCAGACCAAGGCCCCAGUCCUGUAUCCUCCAGCCAAUGCACUCCCAGUAUGCAGAGCAUUACCAGGACACACAGAGCUCUCAAGACAGCAUAUUCCAUGAAGACCCCUACUACAAGUCUGAGACUAGUCUGGACCGGUGUCCGGUCGAAUUCGGCUUCCGCAAUGGAACUGUUCCCAAUGGCAGCAUGUACAGUAGUCCCAGCCUCAGCUCCCUUAACCACUCCCAAACCUUCGUACAACCUUCACCCAUCUCCUCUAACCUCAGUAUCCCUGGCAGCGAGCUGAUGCGCCCCGACUACAUCCCGAGUCAUCGCCAUAGUGCCAUCAUCGCCCCUUCCUAUAGGCCCACGCCAGAGUAUGAAGCUGUGAUGCGCCAGAAGUGCCACAUGCUCCCCGCCCACCAUGACCUUCACAGCCAAUCACUGAGGAGUCUCAAUAUUAGUAAUGCCUAUGCUUAUCGUCAGCCAGAGGCGUUGGUUUAUAGCCAGCCAGAGAUGAGAGAGAGGGGCCCCUAUCCAGGACCUAACCCUUAUGGCCCUCAGGUCAGCUACAGUAAGCCUGUGAACCCUGCUCCUCACCUGGGCCCCGGAGCCAGUCAGGGCCCCUGCCAGUCUGCAUGUGGAGGAGGAGGGGGUGGGAGCUCCAUCUCUCACACGGUCAGCACGCCUGAACUAGCCAACACCAAACAGGGGGCUACUACAGGGAGCUACGGCGCUACGGCUAACAUGCUGAGGAACCACAUGUCGCGGCCGCCCCCUCCCUACCCGUCCUUCCGACCCGCCACAAGUACCCCGGACCUGGCCAGCCACCGGCACCACUGCAUGGGCGGCAGCAGCCCCGAGCUGGUCACCCGCAUGGUGCAGCUGUCUGUGAAGACUUUCCAGCCGGACAGCUCUGCCGUGGUGCACCAGUCUCUGCAGGAGGUUAGCGAACCGCUAACUGCGGCUAAGCACCGAUCAGCCCUGGGGAAGAGACACAGCAUGGAAGUGACCAGCAGCAUGAGGGGGGGAGGAGGAGGAGGAAUGGAGGGCAUGGUGGUUUUGAAGGGGAUGGCUGCCCCACUAAACAGGAGGAAUACUCUCAGAGAGCACGUGAUGCCACCCCAACCUCAGACCCAGCCUCAAUCACAACCCCCCCAACCCCAAUCUCACCAGCCCAAAGAGCUGCCUGUGCAGAGAGCCCCAGAGACCCCCAUCCCAUCCUCCACGGCGCAGGGAGUGGGCGGGGCCUACCAGCACCAGAAGACCCUCUCCAACGCCACCAUGCUGAUCCACAGCAGUGAGAGCGAGGAAGAGGAGGAGGAGGAGGAAGAGGAGAGGCCUGAGCUGGACGUUCAGAUCCCAGGUCUGAACGAGGACAUUAAUGCCCAGCUCCAGGCCGCCCUUGCCAAGCUCCCCAACAAGCCCCCUCCGGAGUACCCCGGACACCCUAGACCAGCCACCAACGCCCCCCUCCGCUCCCGCGAUCACAGCCACCCUCACCACCACAACCAGGGACACCAGACCCAGGGAACCAAGGACCCAAGCCAAGCCCAGGCCCGGGUGCUGAAAGCUGGGCAGAGUCAGGGCGGUGUAGGGGGUGGUGGCGGUACCCUGACCCGUGGGGAUCAGGCUGGGAUGAAUGGGGCAGUUCUGGGGCCGUCAAUCUCUGAGCCAGACCUGACCAGUGUGAAGGAGAGGGUCCGGAAGGAGCCAGUUAAAGAGAGGCCAGUGUCUGAGAUGUUCUCUCUAGAGGAUAGCAUAGUGGAGAGAGAGAUUGCACAGAGGACGCUGGAGAGACAGAAGAUGUCGGUGGACUCAAUAAAGAGACCUCUGAUGAUGGCGGCCCUCAACGGGCUCUAUGUCGCCAGGGUGCCUGUACCAGAGAACCCCCGGGAGGAUGGGGCCAAGGCUGCUGAUGAACGGUGUAAGACCCUAGAGUUGAAGUUGGAGGAGGAGAGGGUCUUCACGGAGUACGAGCAGAUCCCAAAGAAGAGGGCCAACUGCGUGGUCACCACGGCAACGCUGCCCGACAACGGCGAGCGGAACCGGUUCCGUGACGUGGUUCCGUACGAGGAGAACCGGGUGGAGCUGGUUCCCAACAAGGAGAACAACACAGGCUACAUCAAUGCUUCACACAUCAAGGUGAUGAUCAGUGGGGAGGAAUGGCACUAUAUCGCCACCCAUGGACCGCUGGCCAACACCUCUGCAGACUUCUGGCAGAUGGUCUGGGAGCAGGGAGUCAACGUCAUCGCCAUGGUUACUGCCGAGGAGGAGGGUGGUAGGUCAAAGAGCCACCGGUACUGGCCCAAGCUGGGCUCCAAGCACAACUCAGCCACCCACGGAAAAUUCAAGGUGACCACCAAGUUCCGUACGGACUCAGGUUGCUACGCCACCACAGGGUUAAAGGUCAAACACCUGCUUUCGGGCCAGGAGCGCACCGUGUGGCACCUGCAGUACACUGACUGGCCGGACCACGGCUGUCCCGAGUACGUCCAGGGAUUCCUCUCUUACCUGGAGGAGAUCCAGUCAGUGAGAAGACACACUAACAGCAUGCUGGACACCUCCAAGAGCCUCAACCCCCCUGUGGUGGUCCACUGUAGUGCUGGGGUGGGCCGCACCGGGGUCGUCAUCCUCACCGAACUAAUGAUCAGCUGCCUGGAGCACAACGAGAGGGUGGAGGUCCCUAUGAUGUUGAGUCACCUGAGGCAGCAGAGGAUGCUCAUGGUCCAGACCAUCUCCCAGUAUAAGUUUGUUUACCAGGUCCUUAUCCAGUUCCUCAAAAACUCCCGUCUCAUCUAAACCCUCACCUCUGACCCUUGACCCUUGACCUGGUCCCACAUGAGCUGACACAAGGGCAAUGGAAUACUGGUGCCGCAAAUAACCCCCCUCCUCGCAGUCCUAGAGGGCUGGGUAAGUGUGAAUAGCAUGGUGAUAGCCUCACUCAGCCCUCUGGUAUGGUAGGAGUUUCUGCCAUAUUGCAUACAUCUAUCUAGUCCUAUCAAAGACAGGGGAAAGUAGGUAUGUUUUCAUGUUUUCAGAUUUGAACACAGCCAGGGACAACUAAUAUAUCCCAACAGUAAUUAUACAGAGUGUAUAUUUCAGACCUCCACAUUUAAUCUGAAAAGCGUCCUACUAUUCAGUCUGUCUCUCUUCUUUAUCUUGGAGAGAGAGGCUUUUCUGUUGUAUUAGUGAUAGCCUCUCUGUCUUAUGUCUUGUCAAUGGAGAAACCUGAGAGAGAUACAGACCAGACUAGCAUUCUAGAUGUUAGCGUUUAAAGUCACAUGCUAAAUGAUGAGUGUUGGUCGUUUCUUACCUGAGUUUAAACCAGGUAAACCCAGGAGACAAUUAUCUCAGCAUUUUCACAUUUAUUCCUUUUAAACAAAUGCUAAUUGAAUAACUUUUUGGAAAAUGGUUCCCCAUUUGAUAAUAAUGGCAUUUCAAAUGUAAGGCUAAUGCACCCUUGUUAAUCAAAUUGAACCGAAAUCUAGGAAAAGGUUAAUGACAUGGCAUUGUUUUUCAUUGAAUAUAAUGCAGAGCUCUGUAUUGUUAAAAUGAGAAACUGUCAUUUUUUUCACUAAAUUAGAUGAUAAAGCUAACGUUACAUAAAUGUUUUUUCAGGUGCCACUUAAAAAAAAUACAGGACAUGGCACUGAUGGUUGUUAUUUCAAGUUAUGUAGAAUCAUAUGUUUUUCUAAGCUGUCAUAAACCUUUCUAAAUCUAUGGUAAGGCAGACAAUUGUAAGAUACAGUGAAGACUUGUCUCAACAUUUCAAUAUUUAAUAUUGUUGUAUUUUUUUUUUUUUUACUUUUAUUUAUUUAUCCUAAUACCAUCCUCAUAUUUUUCCUGAAUGUGGCUCAUUGGAGUGCAUGUUGACAGUCGGAUCAUCUUUGCAAAUAGUUCUGUGGACGUUUGAGUAGGAUGUGUCUAAAAUUGUCAUUGCCCUUCAAGUAUUCCACUCACCACUCACGUACUUCCAGAUAUCUCAAAUUCCUCAUUGUCUUGACUGGUAGUACCUCUAUUGUUCUUUUUCAUCCUCAGCCAACUUUUUAUGUACAUUACAGUAUGUCCAUUUACAAAGGCAUGUCAAAUACAUAUAUGUUUAUCCCAGACUUCCAUUGUAAUUAUCUCCUGUGUUCUCUCCCAAGUAGUUUCACAUAUUGUAGGCAUUCCUUCACCUUUCUUGAGAGAAACACCCUUUUUUUUCAUGAGUCUAAUGUACAACGCCCAAAGUUAUUUUAGUUCUAGAUCCUACAUGUGUGUAGUCCCAGAUGCCAGUAUGUCUCUGCUCUAGUUGACUAAAGCAGACUGACACUCAGGCUGCUGAAUGUUAUGUAGGCCCCAGUUUGUCACACUGUGCCACUCUACAGAGGAGUCCAUGAAAGUUCAUGUUGAAUAGAGAAGUUUGUGUUCUGAUAUGGUGGCAGUGAGCCAAAUCCAGAAGGACAGAUAGAGCUGAUCCCUAAGAUGGAGGACAGACACUAACAGUAGUAUUGUGCCUUAUUAAAGYGCAGGGAUGGGCUACCUGGAUGUUUGUUUCCAUAGGGAGGGACUGGUAGAGACCAAUCAGAUUCAGAGCUAUAGAUCUACAGUUUGGCAAACUUCCAUCUUGGCACCAAAGGUUCCAUUUAGAUUUGGUCUAUUUGAUAUAAUGGUAUUGUCUCUUGGUGUCAAUAUAGUGUCCAAUGUUUUUUAAUCUCAAAUUGAGUUUGCCAAACGGUAUAUCAAUGGCUCUGAAUUGAUGUUAAAUCUAUUUUGAUAUUAUAGACCAGCUAGAUAUGAUCUGUUUUAGACCGUAUAUUUAUCGACCAACAUGGGUUGUGUCUAGGGUUACAAAAAUCCAGGAACUUCAUUAAAUUCCCUGGUUUUCCAGAAAUCCUGGUUGGAGGACUCCGGAUUUCCUGCUUAUUCCCUCCUUAUUCUGGGAAUUUCUGGAAAACCAGGGAAUUUAUUGAAAGUCCCAGGAACUUUCCAACCCUAGUUGUGUCCCAAAAGGUUUCAGUGACCAACCAGUCAAAGCCUCAAUGGCUGCCAUUUGUUUUUGUAUAACUGUAAAAUCUAUCUCUGUAAGGAUCUUAGGGCUCAAUUCAAUCUGUAUCGCUGAAGCUCUACAGAUGGCGUGAUUGAAAUUCAAUUUCCAAUUAAGCCGAAAUCUGCAGCAUUUACCGUGAAUGCAGUCUCCUCUAAAGCAGGAAAAUUGUCUUUAAAUUUCAAUCACGCUGUAAUKCUGAACAUCCGCACUACAAAUUGAAUCCAGCCGUUAGUGUUCCUAUGUGCCUAAACCCAGCUAUGGCUGCAUCCUACAUAAUCUGUUAUGUUGUUUUUCUAUAUCUGUGAGAGUUGUGAUGCAAAGCCAGCCAUGUCUAAAUUAACGUGUGUAUACCGGGCAUGCGAGAAAGAUUUCUACAAAUGUUUUAUUUUUUUUUGACUUGGUACCCUUAAAAUACCGUAAGAUAAUGAACUAUGCAUGCUUUUUUUAUAUUCCAAUGUAUAUAUCUAUACUCAAGAUACGUAUAUACGCUUUAUGUUCUCUUGACAUAUGAGUGUUCUAUUGCAUUCUCUUCUGUUUGUGAGUAUUUUCCCACAUUGCAUUAAUGUUAAUGUGUUAUUUUCCAUUUAAUGUUUCUGGCAUAAUUCCUGAGAAACUUUCAAUAUAUGUUGUGUAUAUAUGUUUUGUAUAUGCUUUUGCCAGUGCAUCAAGUCUUUUUUUUCUUCCUACCCCCAGUUAUGUAUGAAGCUGUCAUACUUGCUUAUUAUGCAAUAAAGCAUUAUUUUCUCUACA